UUUGACUGUUUUUCCUAAUCUUCGUCAAUAACCAUGGUUCUCCAUAAACAACAUUUUGUAACUCCGAACUUGUGCCGUCGUCUUUCGGUUAUCGAUCCUCUGUUCAAAAAUGCCGGCGGUGGGAAUUGCGACCGGUGGCAGUAAAAAGGCGUAUCCGGGGAAUCUUACUCUUUAUGUCACUGUGACAUGUAUGGUCGCUGCCACGGGGGGGCUAAUUUUUGGCUACGAUAUUGGAAUUUCCGGUGGGGUAACUUCGAUGGACUCGUUCUUGGAGAAGUUUUUCCCGUCGGUGUUCAGGAAGAAGCACCAGAAGGAAACGACCAACCAGUACUGUCAGUACGACAGUGAGGCGUUGACGUUGUUCACCUCGUCGCUUUACUUGGCGGCGCUGUUGUCGUCGCUGGUGGCGUCGACGGUGACGCGUAGAUUUGGGCGGAAAUUGUCUAUGCUGUUUGGUGGUAUGCUGUUUUGUUCUGGUGCUAUAAUCAAUGCCGCUGCUAAGAACGUUUUGAUGCUUAUUCUUGGUCGUCUUUUGCUUGGUUUUGGUCUUGGCUUCGCCAAUCAGUCAGUGCCACUGUACCUGUCUGAAAUGGCUCCAUACAAAUACAGAGGUGCCCUCAACAUUGGUUUUCAACUGUCGAUAACAGUUGGGAUUCUGAUAGCCAAUGUGUUGAACUUUUUCUUUGCAAAGAUCAAAGGUGGGUGGGGAUGGCGCUUGAGUUUGGGUGGUGCUAUGGUUCCUGCUCUUAUAAUCACAGUUGGAGCCUUCGUCCUCCCAGACACUCCGAACUCAAUGAUCGAGCGAGGACGCCACGACGAGGCUCGACAUCAACUCAAAAGAAUCCGUGGAAUUGAUGACAUUGAUGAAGAGUUCAAUGACCUUGUUACAGCCAGUGUUGCAUCAAACCAAGUGGAGAAUUCAUGGACUAACCUCUUGAACCAAAAAUACAGACCCCAUCUCACUAUGGCCAUCUUGAUUCCUUUCUUCCAACAGCUCACUGGCAUCAAUGUCAUCUUAUUCUAUGCUCCUGUUCUGUUUAGCACCAUUGGGUUCGGAAGUGAAGCUGCCCUUAUGUCAGCUGUGAUCACCGGUUGCGUUUUUGUUUCUACUACAUUUGUUUCAAUCUACGGCGUCGACAAAUGGGGAAGGAGGCUUCUUUUUUUAGAGGGCGGAAUUCAAAUGAUGAUAUGUCAAAUUGCAGUGGCAGCGGCGAUUGGUGCAAAAUUUGGAGUAGAUGGGGACCCUGGGCGGCUACCCAGAUGGUAUGCAAUUGUGGUGGUGCUGUUCAUUUGCAUAUAUGUUGCGGGGUUCGCAUGGUCAUGGGGGCCUCUAGGUUGGCUGGUGCCAAGUGAAAUCUUCCCAUUGGAGAUUCGUUCAGCUGCUCAAAGUGUAAACGUUUCGGUGAACAUGUUCUUCACAUUCAUGAUUGCUCAAGUGUUCUUGGUAAUGCUUUGCCAUUUGAAAUUUGGGUUGUUCCUUUUCUUUGCGUUCUUUGUUCUACUGAUGUCGAUCUUCGUGGCGGUGUUCUUGCCUGAGACAAAGGGCAUUCCAAUUGAAGAGAUGAAUGAGGUUUGGAAGACACAUUGGUACUGGAGAAGGUUUGUGCAUGACAAUCAUUUGGAUGAUGGAAACAGAGUUGAAAUGGUAGAGGGUGGAGGAUUUUAGUAAAAUGCUUAUUGUGAUUAUUGCACAAAUUUUAGUUUUUGUUAGAGAAGAUGGAUACUACAAACUUUUCACGUGCGAGUAUCAAUUUCAGGUGCUAUUUAGAUCGUGUGACUUAUUGAGAAUUGUUGAAAGGUAACUCUAUAUUGGCUAAUUAGAGGAAUGAUCAUGAGUUUAUAAGCAAGGAAAACCAAAAGUAAAGUCACGAGAGCUUAUGCUCAAAGUGAACAAUAUCGUACUGUUGUGGAAGGUCCAUGAUUUUUAGCAUGGUAUUAAAGUCAUGCUCUUAACUUAACCAUGUCAAUAGAAUUCUCAAAUGUCGAACAAAGAAGUUGUGAGCUUGAAGGUGUAGUCAAAAGUGACUCAAAGUGUCAAACAAAUAGUGUACUUAGGUUUCUGGCCUAUUUGUUCGAGGGCUCCAAAGAAAAAGUCGAGCCUCGAUUGCUUAGAGAUAGCUCCGUAAAGUCACGAAAAUAUAUACGUGUAAAUAAAUAAGGUUUUGUUAAAAUGAGUUUAGAUUCAAAAGAUUUGGUUGGGUAUUGAAUUUGUAUGGAACAAUGGAAGACUAAAAUGGACCAAAAGUGGAUUAUCCAUCCAGUCGUCUCUGGGCGUCAGCAGCAACUAGCAGGCUCCCAAUGGUCUGCUCUUGAGGCUGCUAAUUCAGCUCUGUGUCCAGCAAUUCAAGUACAUGACUUUAUGAAGAGAAUCUUCAGCCUUAACCACCUUCUCCCCAUCUUUUCCAAUCCCAGUGCUGCCGGCGCCGACCUCCUGAGACGCCGUGUCGUCGUUCUGAAAUCGCGGAUUGGACCGGAAAAGAGUUUCAGAGUUCCAAUUGGAGAAGUGAUCGGCAUGGCCACCUUCCACCACGGCCACACUAGCGGCGGCCAUACAUGCUCUGCUCAAAUAGCUCAUCUUCUUCCUUCCUCCUGAUUUCUCUUUUGCCAAUCCUCAACUCCUGUGUGUCGUAUAUAAACAAACACAAAGGACUUCAUAAUUUCA